GGUGUAAGAUGAGUCCGUCUUGUUUUGGCAGCUCGAAAACUGCAGCAGAAACGUAGCCUUCUGUUGGAGGAAGAAGUGGAAGAGGACGAGAUGAUAAAACAAGUGCCUGAGAUGAGCAUGCAGUCCACUGUCAUCAUUGAAGGAGUUGAAUACAAGAUUGAGAGGCUGAAUGGAAGGAGCAGCCAGGCUCCAGCAACUCGGACCUCAGAGGUGAAUGAGAACAACAGCUCACAGAGGAAUUCACUGGAAGAAGGAAUGAAGCCUGAACAGAGAACGAACUCCAUGUCUGGGUUGAGUCCAUUAAGUCUUGCAGCAGGGGAUGCGUUGGCCCCGGUGCGCACAGCCAAAGCGGAGCGGCGGCACCAGGAGAGGUUGCGAAUGCAGAGUCCUGAGCUCCUGAGCAGCCAAGAGAAGGAACUUUCUCCAGCAGAACGUCGUGCUCUGGAGGCAGAGAAGCGAGCGAUGUGGAGGGCAGCACGGAUGAAAUCCCUUGAACAGGAUGCUCUUAAAGCCCAAAUGGUCAUUGCCAAGUCCAAGGAGGGAAAGAAGCGCAGCACUCUGGAGCAGGUGACAGAGUCACCUUCACCCGUUCCUACCCCAUCACCAACACCACUGGAAGAUUGCAGUCCCAGGAACGUCACUUCACCAGGAAGGCUGUCCAUGUCUGAAAAGAAGUUUGACUACCGGGAAUUUGCUGCUAUUCCUUCCUCCAAACCUGUUUACGAAAUCCAGUCUCCUGAUGCAGCUGAUGACCUCAGAUAUGUUGAGGACAGAAAUAACUCAGUUCCUCAGGAGCAAGACGGACAGCCAGAGGAGGAGGAAAUGCUAUUAACACGUGAUUCAUCAACGCCAACCGCAUCUGCACUUGAAGAGAUGGCUCUGUACAGCAGCAAACGCAAACUGCGGCACAGCCGGCGCAGCCUGGAGGCCGCCGUCCCAACGUAGGCAAUCCAAAGCUCCUGGGCUUUGGGACGGCCCGACACGGGGCUCCUGAACUUCCCGUGCUCCAGGAGCAGCACCAGACUGCCCAUAGCGCUGCCUCCUGGGCUCCGGGGGGAACUGAGCACCCCAGGAGCGUUGCGGUCAACCGACUUCCUUAAGGCUGUGAACCGCCCUAUUUUCUCACCCGGUAGAGCACUGGGGCACGUCCUGACCCCACGUGGGAUGGCACGGGACUGAUGGAUGGUAACCAAGAGGAAGCGUGGGUAGGACAGUGGGCAGCUGCUUUUUUU